AUGUCUGCACAAACUUCAACAAACGGCACAAAUGGCUCUGCAGCCUCCACCAAGGGACAGCUCGAUGCCUCCAAGCUCAAGUUUGACUUGACAACAGCCUUGAGGGAUGUUCCCAAGCCCGGAUCCGCCGAAUUAUGGGAACAAAAUGUCGCGACAGAUCAUAUGAUUACUUGUCGCUGGACGGUACAGAAUGGCUGGGAAGACCCGGUUAUCAAGCCGUUUGGCGACCUGGCCAUCUCACCGCUUGCUUCCUGUCUUCAUUACGCCACGCAGUGCUUCGAGGGCAUGAAAGUCUACCGUGGCUUCGAUGGCCGCGUCAGACUAUUUAGACCGGAUCGGAACGCAAAGCGCUUGGUUAUGAGCGCAGAGAGAGUUUCACUACCAACUUUUGAUCCUGCGCAGCUUGUUGAGUUGAUCAAAGCCUUGGUUCGCGUGGAUGCGAAAAGAUGGCUAUCGGAGCCCGGCAGCUUUCGAUACAUCAGACCAGCAUUGAUCGGAACCGGUCGCCAACUGGGUAUUCAGAUUCCCAAAGAAGCCAUCUUGAUGGUCACGUUGGUAUGCUGGCCUGAUUUCUCCACCGAAUCACCUCCCGGCGCAAACCCACGAUCUGAUUUACGUCUUAUCACAUCGAGGAAUGACACCAUCAGAGCAUGGCCUGGUGGUUUCGGCUACGCCAAGGUCGGUGCGAAUUACGGCCCUAGCUUUGCGUCUCAUUGCGAAGCACAACAGGCUGGCUACGAUCAGGUACUCUGGCUUCUCGGAGACGAAGGACAAGUCACUGAGGCUGGGGCCAGUAAUUUCUUCGCAGUCGUCCGAGACGAAAAGACCUCUAAGCCGGUUCUACUAACGGCUCCAUUGACGGAUCGAGUCAUUCUCGAUGGUGUCACCAGAAGGUCUGUUCUCGACCUUGUUGAAAGCCGACUUUCCGAGGAGCUCGAGGUCAGAGAAGCAAAAUUUACGAUCAAAGAUAUUGAAGCGGCUUGGAGAAAUGGUCUGCUUCAAGAGGCGUUCGUGUCAGGCACUGCUUUUUUCAUUAAGAACGUAUCGACCAUCCGGGCUGGUGAUUUUAACAUUGACUUGCCGCAGAAGCAAGACGAAGGCAGUGCAUUUGGCCCGCGGAUCAAGGGUUGGUUGAAGGAUAUUAUGUUCGGAGGUGAGGAUCAUGAAUGGGGUGUUGUUGUUGAAUAA